GAAGCGCGACUUGCAGAAGGCCACGGCUCGUUUUCUGAACACGCUCUUCUGGAGGCUUCCGCAAGACACAAUCGAGCUCACCACGAAACCUCGCGGACAGAGUUCUGAAGAGUACUGGAUGCUUCCCCGACUUCUCGAUGCUCUCGGACAUCCAGACGACGAGGCUGUCGAGGACCUCCUGCAAGUGCUGUCGCCCCUCGCAUCGUCCGUGCAAGCCGUGAAGAAGGAGGACUUGGAGGAAGAGUUCGCUCAUCUCGUGUUCGCCCCGCAGAACACCCUGCAGCGAGAAAGAGAAACUCCAGCACAACGGCUUCUCCGCGAGGCUGCUGGGAUGAUCAGCGAUGGCGAGCGUGUGAGCGUGUUGGUCUACCUGCUGCGUCUACUCCGCCCCCGAUUUCUGCGUCGUGCCCUAGAUUGGAAAGCCUCAGUUCGAGAUUUCGUGUUGGAUCUCAUCCUGAACGACCGCGUCUUAACAGAACUCACCACUGCGAUGGGAAUCGCUGACGAGUUCUGGGUAGUUGUGGUUCAAGUUCUCGAGUCGGGCGGCCUUCCCGGACAGCGCUGGGUCGCACAAACCCUUCGAUGGCUCGUCAGGGCAGCCGAGCAGGAAGCUCCUCAAGCAGAGGAAGGUGGAGAACAGGUGGGUGACCUGCGGCUGGUCCGCAGCGCUUGCUCCCCGAAGGUCCUCGUGCCACUGGCAAAGUACUCAGCACUGGGACAAGUAGGUCAUGCACCUCUCACAGGGUGCACUCGCCAGUGCUUCCAGCACGGCGAAGCGAAUGCUUGCCGCGCCAGGGCCCGAGGGCGUUGGAACAGGUGCCUGACUCGCUGCUGUCAUUGCUGCGUCAUUUGCCCACCACGGAGCAGAACUCGCUGCUCUCAGACUCCCUGCGACGGCUCCUGGAGUUGCUCGGACUUGGAUUCGGCGAAGCUGCUCCGAACGAAAGGGCAGCCGGAUGCAGCCGAUUCAGUGGCAACCUUCGCAUCAAGAAUGAUCCUGACCUAUCUGUCGACUGGACUCGUCACCGAAUUGGUGAAGCGCUUUCCUUUGGACACAACCCUCGACAAGACCUUGGACGAUGGGACGAAGAUCUUCCAUGCCUUGCCCUUCGAGGUCCUAUGCGAGAGCAAAAAGGCCAUGAACACUGACAUCUUGCUCACCCCGACAGGUCCGGAUGAAGCAAUGUCAGUGGAGCCGUCGGCUCAGUGUGCCAGGCUGUUUCCCGACGUCGGCUUGCACCUGCCCUCCACCCGCGUAUCGAUUGAGUACCACUCUGACAUCGAACGGUGUGGCGUGUCAUACUGCUUGGUGCUGGCUGGCGGGCGGAUUGAUUGGUUGACUGACUGGUUCAGUGACAAACCGAACGACCGAGGAGAUGUGGUCAAAGUCGCCUUCAAGCCCGGGUUUGCCAAGAUCUCGCAAGGCAGAGUGUUUUGUGGCUUCGAUCGUGCAACCAGCAAGGGUGACGGCAAAGAGGAGUUCGUGCUGAAGGUGCUUCCAGUGUUCGUUUUCCGCAGCAUUCCUCGCAACUCUGUGAACGACCUUCUCGUGAACGGCCACUUUGAGGCAGUGAUCCAAGCUUGCAGCUGGUGCUAUGCCGUCCUGGCCAAGGAGUUGGAAUCCAACGAGGACAAGACACCCCUGGACGGAUUGAAUCCUGAGCGUGUGCCGGUCUUUCCAUUCUUGCGUCUGGCACUGGACAUCAUCCAUCGCCUGGAAGCUGCACGUCCUGGAGAUGCGGAGCUUGUGUUGCUGGAGGAGCAGGUCAGAGUGGCUGGGGAGACGAUGCUGCUGCUGUCCAGAGUACCAGCUUUUCGGGAAGCCAUGCUUGGGGGCUCGGACUGGGAGCACGUCCCUGUCUUUCUUGACAUCAUGAAGCGCAGACGCCGUGAAGAGCGGGUACUGGCACAGCUUCUGGGAGUCACGGAUGAUAAGAUGGAAGUCCGAAACAAGAAGCUGGCCUUUCGGCCUGAAAUUGCAGCAGCGGCGACGGGGAAAGCUUCGAGGAUGGAGAUUCAAACAGUGGAGCAGGUGCUAGAGGAGGUUGUGCCAUCACCGUUCACAGCUCUGUCUGCGGGGCAUGUCUGCAAGAUUCGUGCUGCUAAUGACUUUUCGGAGUUCUACAAGUGCCCAGCUGUCCUCUACCAUGUUGCCGAGAUGUAUGCCUUGCUCCUCUCAGAAGGCUGGCAGCCCACGUUUCAGGAGACGCAGUGCCGGCCACAUGAGUUCAUGGAGGCACUUCGUCUCAAGAGACCCCCAACAAGUGCGAUCCCUGGCUUUAAAGACGUUCCGAUGGCUCCACGCGUGCUUCGCGGCCUCGUCGUGCUGGCUGUUGCGUUCGGCUUCCUGGCUGGUCCUUCCUUCGUCUCUGGCCCUCGGCAGCCAAGUAUUCGCGUUCUUCGCCGCGCAGGAGACCCGGCGGCAGAGGAAGUCGAAGAGCGCCACUUGCCACUUCCGGAGGCAACCCACUUUGUGGAAGAAGAGGCUGCAGGUUGCAUCGAAGAAGGCUGCACUGUGGAAGACAUCGUGAGGAUCCAGCACAAGCUUGAAACCGAUGAAGGAAGACUCAGGGAAGCCAUCGAGAUGCUCCAGGUUGCCCGCGACUCUUUUUCGGUGGAUUCUUCACCAGGCAUCGGUCUUCUCCGGAUGUCGCUGAGCAGAAUCCACAGCCUGAACAAUAAGCUCCAAGGCCUGAUCACUUCGCAGGGCGAGCAGAUCGCCAAGGAGUUUGGGGCCUACCUCGCCUUCGGCCACGGAGACACUGGCGGCUUCUUGAGCCUGAACAGGUCACCCCAAGUGGCUUAA